AACCCUAACCCUAACAGCCGCCGCCUCACAACCUCAUCACCCUCAUCUCUCGCCUCUCUCUCUCUAUCUCUCUCGCCUCUAUUCAAACGGAGACCGAAAAAAAAGCCUAAUCAAAGCGCCGCCGCUCAAUCCUUCUCCCUCGUUUUGCUUCUCCGAACCAGAAACCCUCUGGUGUCUCAUCCCACAAUCGCCGCUAUUCCUCACCUCCCUCUUUCUCCUGCCUUCUAUCUAGAAAUCGCGACCGAAAGAAAAGGAGGAAGACCCGACCUUGGUCUCUCCAUUCUCUUCUCGGUCCUUCUCUUUCCAAAAAGAAAACAAACCGCCUCCUCCCCUCUGUGAACAAAAUUUGCCUCUCUCUCUCUCUCUCUCUCUCUCGGGUAAUAACGAGAGCGAAGGCGAAUGGAAAGGCGGCGACGGGAAGACUAGCGGAGCCUCGACGGCGACGACUGAUUGAGGGGUUUUCGAGUCUCUGGUUUCGGUGGGGAGGAAGAGAGGCGACACGAGGCGGCGACUACGGGCUUCGAAACCAGCAAGGGCGGCCUCAGGACAGACAGACAAACGGCGUUUAGAUCUGGGAAUAGUAGUCGACGGAGACGGUAGCAGAGGCUAAAGAUUUGGGCUUGCGGAAGUACGGUUUUAGCCUUGUACAAUAGGAGAACAACCUCCGAGGAAAUGCCCAGUUUGUGAUCUCGAAUCAGAAAGCUCCCAUCUCCACCAUCCAGCGCAUCCGAGGCUUCCGAUCGUGAGCUACCAGCUUCAGGAUCUCUCUCUAAUGUCGCAAAUUGCGAAGGGUGAAUGAACCCUACUUCGUUGCUGAGCACGAAGGAGCACCAAAGCAGCCGAAAAACCAAAUUGAACAUAGGGUUGAGCGAAUAAAUUGAACGAAGGGGAAACAAUUUGACGACGGUGCUUACAUGAGGGGAUCGGAAUAGAGAAUGCAUUCGAAUUGAUUCAACAAUUGCGACAUGUUUUCGCUCUGAAUAGUACCUUCAGGCUUCAGUCAUCAUUACGAACUCCAGCGUCGAUUUAUUAGAAAUUGGAAACGGAAAGAAACUAAUGAAGUCAGCCCUAUCAUUCCAAACCCAAGUUGUGAAGAAAGAAGACUCCGUCGAAACUCGGCCGAAGAGGAAGCGGACGGCGAGAGCUGCCGGCGAAUAAAGAUUUUGUUUCUCCCCCGAUUCCACUUGGCAAUAGCUGCCUUCGCAAUCGCACCCUUCAACCGCGCGAUUGUUAAUCUAGUUUGUUGGGCUGGGCCUACUGCCUACCACUUGAAAAUGUCUUAGUACUCGAACCCCAUUCAUUUUUGACCGGCCGGCUAUAAAGAGGAAAAAAUCCAGAACUACCGUUAUUUUAAAAAAACAACUAGCACCGUGCCCGGCCCUUGGCCGGGUAAGUUUAACCAAAAAUUGAUGAAAAAUAUCAUUCUAAAAAUAUAAUAAGAAGAAAAGAAAUACCAAUGAAAACCUUUGGCAUAGUCUGAGCCCUGAGACAGUUACAUGCCCCUUAAGCGCUAAGGCUGCGCUGGAGAUAAUUAGUAUAUAAAUACACACCAAUGGCUACUAUAAUUACAGCCGUUGUUCAUUAAAAAGCAUCAUCAAUUGUCUUCUAUUCUUCUCACGGCGGCUAGUAACUAAAAUCAUGUUUAAUGUUAUCAAAUUAUAUCACCAGAAGUUUUUAUCUUUCUCCGAAACAUUGCCAUAUAGUGCCUCUCUUGAUAUAGAAUUUAGAGCCAGACAAAAUUGGUCCCUGAACCAUAGACUAGGAAACCGGAUCGUACUGGCCGGUUCAACCGGUUCAACAGGAAAUUGGACCAAAAGCGGCACGGUGGGCUGAUUGUGUUGAUUUUACCGUGCCGGCCGGUUUUUUCGGUUUGAUCGGUUGAAUCGGCCUGUACGAUCCGGUUUCCUGGUCUAUGAUUCAGCAUCAUUUCUCCGUAUUCUCGUUCAAUAUGUGGAAAAUAAUUAAAAAAGAAUAUUAUUUUGCUAUUUUUCUAUGUUGAAAAUGGGUCACCGUGGUUGUAUAAUGCUCUAUUUGGUUCUUUUUUUGAUGGAUUAUAUUUUUUAUACUAUCGCAUUUCAUUUCUCCAUCAAUAGUGAAAAACGGUAUUUACCGGUACAAAACGGUUGAACCACUGUCGUACUACAAAAUACCAUACCAGAAAGGAAUCCGGUAUGAUGUCCGGUACGGUUUCCUUUAACAUGCCCUGAACUCCCUUCCAUUACAGGCCAUCUUAUUCUUACCUAAAACAGAAUUCACAACCUAACUCGUUUCCUCAACUUUUUUAUUUACCCAAAUGUAAACUUAAAGUCAUCAAGGGACUUGAUCACUUACCACGAAUAAAUUCCUCAGCUGGCGGUCAUAGAUAUCAUUCACGCCCGCCGGAUCGUUGACCUCGGUGACGUAGUCCUCACUAUCGGCCAGGCCGAGGUCGAGAGCAGUGGCCAGCUCGUGGUAGCUCAAUAACCGUGGUACACCGCCGAGCCGGAACUUGACGGCGUUACUGUCUGUCCAACUCUCUGUGGAUGUGUGCUUGAAGGUCGUGUAGAACUCCAGCACGGGCUCGUGGUAGACCUUCUCGCGGAUGGAGAGCAGACGGCGCCACGGGCCGUUGGUGACGAUAGCGGCCAAGUGCUCAUAGCAGUGGAACUGCUCAAACUCUCGCCUGGACCAGCAGUGGUGCUGUCCAAACGAGCAGGCCAGGACCUGCUUGAACCGAUCCUGGUAGGGGCCCCGCUUCAAAUCCCGAAUGAACGGGUCCUUGGGGUCGGGUUUCGUAAUGGUCCUACAAAAGAACAACCCAAAUUGGAACCAAAAGAGCCAAAUAAAAGGUUAAUCACACCCCCACACUUAAUAACAGAAAACAACCCACCAUGGUUUCAUCCAUAGUUCGGGGGUCAAAAACUCGAUCAAUCAAGCAUAAUCCAUAGCAAAUACACCCUCAAAGCACAUCAUUGAGGGCCCCAACCGGUCCUCACAACAUUGCAUGCAAAACAGGCAUUUCAUCGAACAUCUUGUGUGCACUAUUAAGGUAAGCAUGAAAUUGACAAAAUUCUUGCACUAUUAAGGUAAGAUAUAAUAGCAAAACAUAGGUCAGAUUAAAUGAAACCUUGCGUUUUGCCUCACUCCCUCUCGCUGGACAACUUACAUCUCCGGCUGGGCCAAACAAAGCCCGCCUAACUCAGGGCGGCCCAAAUACGGCCCCGAAUAAGAUAUGGUGAGCCUCCUGUACGGUAAAUAUUCCUGCAUUUUGUGCUGGUCACUUUCAGCUAGACAACUGACUGCGAUCCCAGGCCCAGCAUCAACUUCUCCCUCUGACCAGCCUUUGCCAGCCUUUGAUGUCUGCCGUGGUGACGCCGCUCAAUUCCUUGACUGCACGUCAAAACCAAAACCCAGCCUCGGAAUCAGGAUCCGCCGAUUCAGCUUCUCUGCUUCCAAAACCCAGGUUCGACUGAUUCUCCACUUUGUUCCCGUUAUAGCGACCUUUUGCCGCUUGAAUCCCCAAAUCCGUCUGAUUGAUGUUCUGGCUUUGUAAUACACACACAUCAGUUUCCAGUAUGCCUCUCCAAUUCGAGCUAUUCGUCGUCCUUGCCUUCCCAUGGAAUCGUUUCCCUCUUUUUCUGAUAACCACCCAUCAUCACAAUAACUCAUCUUUCAAUCCUCCCCCAAACUAUUUCUCCCCUCUCUACCACCGCAUCUCCGAUUUCCCACCACCACCACUUCCAUCAAGGCCCCGUCAUCUUUGUCGUCGUCAUCGACUCCAGCCACCAGCCGCCUACUUCCUCCUUCUCCAACGGCAAGAUAGGGUUUCUAACUGCAUCUUUCCUUCUGUAAACCCUAUUUAGAAUUGGGGUUGGAACUUGGAAUCGGCAGCAGAGUCAGUUUAUAGUUUCUGCUUUCAUUGUAACAUUGGUUUUCUUUCUUUUGUUGCAUGCUUCAAUCUCCCCAUUCUCAUGACCUCCUCGGUUUAGGGAUUCAAUUGGGUUGUUGUGUUGCUUUGUUCUCGACCCAAUCCUAAUUGGGGCCAAUCCACAAUUUCUAAACCAAAAUCCCACGUCAAUGGCAGAGACCUCUUCCGUCGUUUCUGUUUUAGAGGAUUUCUCGGCUGCUACUAGGGAUUCGUCAAGUUUGAUUGCAACAGUGUUCUUUUUCAAUUAGUGUGUGCUUCACUUUCCUCAUUUUCAUGAGCAGGUGAUCAGCAACGGUAGACGCGAGCAGAUGAUGGAAUUCGAUAGACGCGAGGGAAUUUUGAAUUGUUUGAUCACUGUCUAUGGAAUAUAUUACUACAUAUAUGACUGUCAUCUUACAGGUACUCGAAUAAUAUUGUUUCCUAAAAGAAUCCGUAAUCCCUUUCGCAUCUCUGUGCCUAAGGUGAAAACUAUUUCCUACACUUCAUAAUCUAACUCCAGGCCGCUUUUGUCUCCUAGAUUGUGUCUUUUGUUGUUAGCCUCUGUAGUGACAGCCACAUAAUUUAGUUACCACAUAAGCUAGCUUUCGUUCAGUUCCCUCAGAAAUUUCACAACGUGAGCAAGAAUGAUAUCUAUGACCGCCAGCUGAGGAAUUGAUUCGUGGUAAGUGAUCAAGUCUAUUGAUGAGUUUAAGUUUACAUUUGGGUAAAUAGAAAAGUUGAGGCAAUGAGUUAGGUUGUGAAUUCUGUUUUAGGUAAGAAUAAGAUGGCCUGUAAUGGAUGGGAGUUCAGGGACCAAUUUUGUCUGGCUCUAGAUUCUAUAUCAAGAGAGAGGCACUAUAUGGCAAUGUUUCGCAGAAAGAUAAAAACUUCCGGUGAUAUAAUUUGAUAACAUUAAACAUGAUUUUAGUUACUAGCCCCCGUGAGAAGAAUAGAAGACAGUUGAUGAUGCUUUUUAAUGAACAAGGGAUGAAAUUAUAGUAGCCAUUGGUGUGUGUUUAUAUACUAAUUAUCUCCAGCGCAGCCAGCGCUUAAGUGGCAUGUAACUGUCUCAGAGCUCAAACUAUGCCCAAGGUUUUCAUUGGUAUUUCUUUUCUUCUUAUUAUAUUUUUAGCAUGAUAUUUUUCAUCAAUUUUUGGUUAAACUUAACCGGCCAAGGGACGGGCCCAGUGCUAGUUGUUUUUUUUUAAAUAACGGUAGUUCUGGAUUUUUUCCUCUUUAUAGCGGGCCGUUCAAAAAUGAAUGGGGUUUGAGUACUAAGACAUUUUCAAGUGGUAGGCAGUAGGCCCAGCCCAACAAAAUAGAUUAACCAUCACGCGGUUGAAGGGUGCGAUUGCGAAGGCAGCUAUUGCCAAGUGGAAUCAGGGGAGAAACAAAAUCUUUAUUCGCCGGCAGCUCUCGCCGUCCGCUUCCUCUUCGGGUGAGUUUCGACGGAGUCUUCUUUCUUCCCAACUUGGGUUUGGAAUGAUAGGGCUGACUUCAUUAGUUUCUUUCCGUUUUCAAUUUCUAAUAAAUCGACGCUGGAGUUCGUAAUGAUGACUGAAGCCUGAAGGUACUAUUCAGAUAGCGAAACCAUGUCGGAAUUGUUGAAUCAAUUCGAAUGCAUUCUCGAUUCCGAUCCCCUCAUCAACGAAGUAGGGUUCAUUCACCCUUCGCAAUUUACGACAUUAGAGAGAGAUCCUGAAGCUGGUAGCUCACGAUCGGAAGCCUCGGAUGCGCUGGAUGGUGGAGAUGGGAGCUUUCUGAUUCGAGAUCACAAACUGGGCAUUUACUCCGAGGUUGUUCUCCUAUUGUACAAGGCUGUCAGAGAACAAUUCAUGAAUGCAAUUGCAGAAUACAGGAACCUCGGCGACCCAUCUCUUCGUUCUGCUAAAGCUCUAGGAAUUGCGGUUAUGAAAUGCAGCAAAGCACUUGUGUUGUUAAGCCCUAAUUUCGGGACUGCUUGGAAUUCCAGAAAGUUAAUAGUAUCGAAGAAGACACAAACGUCAAUGUUCACUGACGAGCUCCGCUUGUCUGCCCUUGUCCUUUCCUAUUCACCCAAGAGCGAGCAAGCAUGGAGCCAUAAGAGGUGGGUGAUCAAGAAUAUGGCCAGAAAUCGUACAACUUUGCAAGAGAUUUUGAGGGAAGAAUCUGACCUGGUGGAGAAGAUAGCAGAGGUUUAUAUUAAUUUCAAGAACUGCAUAGUAGUGAUUCAUGAAGGUUUAACAACUUCUAAUACUAAAGAAGCAUACUAUUUUCGUGACAAUUGCAUUACGAAAUUUUAAAAAUUGGAAAAGAAAAGGGGAAAAAGAAAGCAUCAUCUUUGAAGUUUAUUAA